AUGGCUUCCAAGAGGAAAGCGGCCGCUAUGGUGGCGACCGAGCUCGAAGAACCCGUUGACCCAGCUGAUCAGCUCAAAUUCUUAUGCCUUGGAGGUGGCAAUGAAGUCGGACGGUCAUGUCACAUUAUCCAAUACAAGGGAAAGACCGUGAUGCUCGAUGCUGGCCAACAUCCUGCAUAUGAAGGUCUUGCGGGUCUCCCCUUCUUCGAUGACUUCGACCUCAGCACGGUCGAUGUUCUACUUAUUAGCCAUUUCCACGUUGACCAUGCUGCCUCGCUUCCUUAUGUCCUGGCAAAGACAAACUUCCGUGGCCGCGUCUUCAUGACGCACGCGACAAAAGCCAUCUACAAAUGGCUGAUUCAGGACAGUGUUCGGGUGGGCAAUUCGUCCUCAAACCCAACUUCCCAGCCCGUCUACUCGGAGCAGGACCACCUGAGCACAUUCCCAAUGAUUGAGGCUAUCGAUUAUCACACUACGCAUACGGUUUCAUCAAUCAGAAUAACUCCUUUCCCUGCUGGCCACGUCUUGGGAGCAGCCAUGUUCCUUAUCGAAAUUGCUGGACUGAAUAUCUUCUUCACCGGAGACUACUCCCGCGAGCAGGACAGGCAUCUGGUCUCCGCCGAGGUUCCUAGGGGCAUCAAGAUUGAUGUACUCAUCACCGAGUCGACGUACGGCAUUUCUUCUCACACCCCCAGAGAAGAGCGUGAACAGCAACUGAUGAAAUCCAUCACCAACAUUCUAAACCGUGGCGGCCGUGUACUGAUGCCCGUCUUUGCUCUCGGGAGAGCCCAAGAGCUGCUCCUCAUUCUUGAUGAGUACUGGGGAAAGCACCAGGAGUACCAAAAGAUACCCAUUUACUAUGCAAGUAAUCUAGCUCGUCGCUGUAUGCAGGUCUAUCAAACGUAUAUUGGUUCCAUGAACGACAACAUCAAACGGCUUUUCAGCGAGCGAAUGACUGAAGCCGCCGAGUCUGGCGACACGGCUGGAAAGGGUGGGCCCUGGGACUUCAAGUAUAUCCGCUCGCUCAAGAACCUCGACCGCUUCGACGAUUUCGGCGGCUGCGUUAUGCUUGCCAGUCCUGGUAUGCUUCAGAACGGUGUGAGCCGAGAGCUGCUCGAGAGGUGGGCGCCAAACGAGAAGAACGGCGUAGUCAUCACCGGUUAUAGCGUGGAGGGGACCAUGGCCAAACUGAUUAUGCAGGAGCCUGAUCAGAUCCCUGUCGUCAUGUCCAAGGGCGCGGCGGCGGGGAGGAGAGGCGUCGAUGGCGAUAAGCUCAUGAUUCCGAGACGCUGCAGCGUGGAAGAAUACUCGUUUUCGGCCCACGUGGACGGCAACGAGAAUCGUGAAUUCAUCGAGGAGAUUGCUGCCCCCGUUGUUAUUCUCGUCCACGGAGAGCAGCACAAUAUGAUGCGUCUCAAGUCAAAGCUUCUUUCCCUCAAUGCUCAGAAGACGGAAAAGGUCAAGGUCUACUCGCCUCGCAACUGCGAAGAGCUCCUAAUCCCUUUCAAAUCGGACAAGAUGGCCAAGGUCGUGGGUAAGUUGGCCUCGAUCCAGCCCCCAACCCAUGCCAUAGGGCCCGAGGACCCCGAAUCGCGCCUCGUCACCGGUGUCCUCGUGCAGAACGAUUUCAAGCUAUCUCUCAUGGCCCCCGAGGACUUGCGCGAGUAUGCGGGUCUCAACACGACCACGGUCACUUGCAAGCAAAAGUUUACGCUAGGCUAUGCCGGUGUGGACUUGAUCCGGUGGGCUCUCGAGGGUACCUAUGGCAACAUUGAAGAAUUGCCCGAGAUGCACAAGACGCACGCUACGGACGAGGAGAGAGACGGGCAAGAGAAUGGCGAGGGAGGUGAACACAGCGAGAACGGCGAGGAUAAGACUGCCAUGGAAGAGGAGGCCGACGAGGAAGUUCCCCACCUCGUUGCCGCGUACCUCGUCAUGGGCUGCAUUAUCGUGCGAUAUAGGAGCAACCGCGAGGUGGAAAUGGAGUGGGAAGGUAACCUCCACAAUGACAGCAUCGCCGACUCCGUCAUGGCCGCUCCGGAUCCCACUCCCCCAUCACCACCACCACCAUACCCUCCCCGCCCGCAACCCCCACGCCAACAUCAGCCCCGAAGACCGCCUCAGCCGCCUCUUCCUCUUCCUCGAAGCGCAAUUCGGCGCGGACAACAUCUCCCCAUCCCCGAGCCCAAGCUCGCCCCGCUCUCCCCUACCGCCGCUGCCGCUGCCGCUGCCGCUGCCGCUACCACCAAGCCCGAGGGAGAGGACGCCAUGGCCGUCGACGAGCCCGCCGAAUCCCUCGACGCCCGCCGCGCCGCCGAGCUCGACCGUCUCCACAAAAACGGCAUCCCCGUCCCCGGCGUGGAGAUUCGCCUCGACAAGCUCACGGCCAAGGUCUGGCUCGAGGACUUGGAGGUCGAGUGCUCUAGCCGCGUCUUUGCCGAUCGCGUGAGGGCUGUCGUGGAGAGGGCCUGCGAGACGAUUGCCCCGCUCUGGGGUUGA